CACCGCUGAAGGAUCGGGCUGGACGGUGCGUCUGUUAAUUUGCUAUUUACUGAACAUCACAACGCCCAUUUCAGCUCGGUUUCAUUACCGGAUUGUGCGUGUCAGAUCGGACCGGUCCGGUUAGCAGUUGAAUAACGGUGUGAAAAGGACGGGCAAGCAUGAGGAUUGCACAUCUUUCUGUUGAAAUGCAUCAGUUCCGUUGGGGUGCCUCGUGACUCCAGCAGCGACCGAGAGGAGGAGGAGCGCGGCGCAGACAGUCGAUGAUCCGGGCCCCCGUCACCUCCCGUCCGCUCCUCUGAAGCGCUUAUGCACCCCUGCUGGACCAGGAGGACAAGAGGAAGCUGCACGGGGAGGCGCUGAAAUGAGAUGAGGCUCAGACAUGGAACUGUUGCCACGGCGAUUGUUUUCUUCACCUCGUUUCUCAGUCUGUCCUGGUAUACGGCUUGGCAGAAUGGCAAAGAAAAGUUGGUAGCCUAUCAGAGGGAGUUUCAUGCCCUGAGGGAGCGACUGCGAGUGGCAGAGCACCGUACCCUACAGCGCUCUUCUGAGCUCAACUCCAUCCUCGAACAGUUCAGACGGUCCAUCGCAGAGACCAAUGGCAGCAAGGAUGCUCUCGCCAACUUCUCAGAUGAGACACAGAAGUUGUUGAAGGAGUUGUCUCACAGGAAGCCCCUCCAGGUGCCAAAUAUCUAUCACCACCUGCCUCACCUGCUCAAUAAUGAGGGCAGCCUGCAUCCUGCUGUACAGGUGGCCCAGGGACGUACCGGAGUUUCCAUGGUAAUGGGCAUCCCUACAGUGAAGCGGAAAGUGAAGUCAUACCUGUCAGAGACGUUGCAUUCUCUCAUCGAUAAACUCUCAGCGGAGGAGAAGCUUGACUGCGUCAUUAUAGUGUUUGUGGGAGAGACGGACAUAGAUUAUGUAAACAGUGUGGUUGCUGGCCUUGAGAAAGAGUUUCACACAGAACUGAAUUCUGGGUUGGUUGAGGUCAUAUCGCCCCCUGCCAGUUACUACCCAGAAUUGAGCAACCUCAAAGAGACAUUCGGCGACUCUAAGGAAAGGGUGAAAUGGCGGACCAAGCAGAACUUGGAUUAUUCUUUUCUAAUGAUGUAUGCCGUCAACAAAGGGGUCUAUUACGUCCAGUUAGAAGACGACAUCGUUGCCAAGCCCAACUAUUUUGCCACCAUGAAAAACUUUGCCCUUCAACUCGCCACUGAGGACUGGAUGAUCCUUGAGUUUUCACAGCUGGGCUUCAUUGGUAAGAUGUUCCAAGCCCCAGAUCUAAAUCUCAUUGUGGAGUUCAUCUUCAUGUUUUAUAAGGAGAAGCCCAUAGAUUGGCUGCUGGAUCACAUACUCUGGGUCAAAGUAUGCAACCCAGAGAAAGAUGCCAAACACUGUGAGAGACAGAAGUCUAGUCUACGCAUUCGUUUCAGGCCCUCCUUAUUCCAGCAUGUCGGGCUGCACUCUUCCCUGGCAGGAAAAAUUCAAAAACUCACGGAUAAAGACUUUCUAAAACCUCUACUGCAUAAGAUUCACGUGAACCCACCGGCUGAGGUGUCCACCUCUCUUAAAGUGUAUCAAGGCCACACGCUUGAGAAGACCUACAUGGGUGAGGACUUCUUCUGGGCCAUUACUCCAAUGGCUGGAGACUAUGUCUUGUUAAAGUUUGAUCGACCUGUCAACAUUGAAAGGUUCCUGUUUCGAAGUGGGAACCAGGAGCACCCUGGAGACAAAAUCGCGAACACAACUGUCGAGAUCCUGCCCUUCUCGGAUGCUGAAUUGAAGACCAAAGAGAAAUACAAACGAACAGAGGACCGGUUUUAUAAAAUUGCUCAGUUUCAGAAUGGAGUCGCAGAGGGGACUGUUGACCCUGCUUUCAACCCUGUGGUUACUGUACGUCUGGCCGUCCAGAAGGACUCUGCUGUGUGGGCAAUUAUUAGUGAGAUCCAUAUCAAGAGGAUACCUCGAUAACUACCUGCAUGUAAAGGCCCUCAUUGGUCAUCUAAGUUGAGAUGUGCUGCUCACGUCUACAGAGGUUCUAGAGUGACACAUGACUAUAUCAGAGUGCAUGGAAGGAGUCAAUCACAAUUUCCCUUAAAUAAACUUCUCUCGCUCUAUUUUCUUCUUAAACUUUAAAUUUUUUCUCUGGUAACUUCGUCACCUACUUGCUUUUUUUUAAACAUUUUGCUUUGGUCUUUAGACUCAGACAGAGCUGGACAGGUAAUCUGGCAUACCGGGCAUUUUCCCGGUAGGCCGACACACUUUGGGGCCGAUCACGGGCAGACAGGCCAUCAGAAGAACCGAGCGGGCCAGUGGGUUGGCCGCGGAAUGGACCGAGAUAAGCUAAAAUUAGCAGAAAAUUAUGCAGAACGGACCAAAAACGGCGCUGAACUCUUCCCGGUUCAGCCCUGAAUUCCCUGAAUUCUGUUUUGUGAAUGUAACUACUACUGUACAGAAGGAAGAAGAAGAAAAAAUACACUUUUUGACGGAAUGUUUCCAGACACUGAUAUUUUGUCAUGAAGGAUUCCUUGCUGUCAUGAAGGAUUGAUUUUCAGGAUUUUAGGGUUCACUGAUGCUGGAGAAAAUGUGAUGUCUCACACUGCCGUCAUGGACUAUAACUGACCUCGUACCCUAGGUCAGACAACCACGGCUAGAUUUAGACUGAGAUGGAGUGAGACAGCAGUAAUGUUUUUAUUUUAUCUUUUUUAAAUGAUUUUUUUUUUUUUUUUUUAGGUUUUAGGAUGUUGCUGUUUGGUACUCUGUUAAAAAAAACUAGUGGAAAACUGGUUUAUUUUAUCUACUGCUUUGCCAAAAUCUUGAAAUAUAUUUCUAAAAACAGAAGGCAUAUUUUAGGCCUAUACCUUGUCAACAAGAGUGGCUUUUCUUCCUUUGUGUCGGUUUAUCGUCAACCAAUCAAUCGUGACUUUCAAUAUGAAGGUUUAUUUUGCUGGUAUUAUUAUUAUGACUAUCUAUGAAGGUGAAUUAAUUUAUUUGAAAUACAUUUUUAAUUUGUACAAGAGGUACAUUCUUUUAUUUUAUAUUCCUUGGAAAUGUAUGAUGUGGCAGAGAAUUUAGUGCUUUUGAGUGGUUGUGGCUCAAAGUCGAGUGAAUAAACUGGUUCAUGUUUAUUCUUAUCUUUGUGUACAGCAGUUCUGAAGGGUGCAGGGCCACCCACCUCUGUGCCUUAAUAUCCAGCGCUCUAAGGGGCCUGGAAAAGGAAUGCCUUGUGUCCUGUAUCAAAAUGCUUGGAUCAUACAAUAGAACUUUUGUUAUAUUCCUGAUUUGACUCAAAAGUUAAAGUUUAGAGCAUGGCAUGUCCAUAUUUAUGUUCUAGAAAAUGUAAUGUUUGUUCAUUGAGUUUGGACAUUUUUUCACUUCAAAUAACCCGCUUUCAUCUUGUCAGUAAGAAAAUGUUCUUCAUUCUACAUUUGAUGAUGUACUGUUAGACCAGUAAAACAUUAUGAGUAAUCCCAGAUGUAAUAUGCAGACCUGUUUUUAUUUACCUUCAAAUUUUCUGCACUGAUUUGAAGAAAAUAAUUUGUGGGGUGAAUUUAAAUGUGUUAAUUGAAGUCGAGAGUACUUCUCUCUUAUUGGUAGCUAAAGGCAUAAUCAGAUUGGCCAAGAUAUUUAAUACAAUUACCACACACAAUGUGUGGAGUACUUGUAGAACUUCAGAAAUGACUGGUGUUCAAAUUUCGUGUGGGCCUGGUGAUGAGCAAAAUAUUUUCUUGAACCAUAGAUUCAUAAUGGUGAAAAGCCGAAACUGAAUGGAAAACGAACUAAUCACUUCAACUAAUUAUUUUCUGUUAAUUUUCUGUUGUUGUGCUGCUUGGUCAGGAUUGAAUGCUGUACUUUUUAUAUUGUAAAGCUAUGGUUCUUAUUUAUUUUGCAUGUAAUUAAAUUGGUGAAGUAACUACUGUAGAAAUUUCCAAAGUGCUCUCAUCUCAUGUGAUUGUAUAUAUCUUUAUAAUAAUAGAUUAACGGAGGUUUUUGUUCAGCCUUUCAAAAAGUGUCUGUAUGCUUUCCUUUAUGCUACAUGCAGCGGGUUUCAGGACACAUCUGUUUUAGUUUAAAAAUACUCUCCCUAUUUUUGUGACCUCUUGGGGCUGGAUGUGAUUUGCAUAACCUGACCAGUUUAUGUUGUAAUAGAAAGCCAACGUACUGUCAAGUUUGUUUACAGUUUAUGGUCUUUCCUGAGAGGAGAGACUAAAAUUAUUUCUUUGAUUGACUGUAGAUCACUGUAUCAUCCUUUGUUUUGUGACGUGAGUUCUGGGAAGUGGGCAGGUAAAACCACAACUGUGUGAAUUUCACUAGUCCACACAAGUGUUUUGCCAUAUUGCUGCCUUUUAGUCAGAUUUGUGCUCAAUACUUUUUACUUGUUUCCAACCCUGUUUAAACACUGAGAGAUGUUCUCUGCUGAUCUCAAGUCAAACUCUCAUGGGCCAAUUUUUCCAGACACAUCCAGCUUUAUCUGGGAUCUGCAUAUCCAUCUUGAAAUCAAACCUUCAGUCUUGCAUUUCAUGUGCCUUCAUUUGUCUUUCUCCGGCUCUGACAUUGAUUUGAAUAAACUGUUCUGAAAUAAACCAAUC